AUGCUGGCUCUCUGGUCCCGGGCAGCGCAGACCCCGGGAUCCUGUCGAUGCAUUGUCUGCGGCAGUCGAACGGUGCACAGUGGCGCGAGCAACACCCUCCGGACGCAAGCACGGAUACAACCCACCGUCCCCGCCGCCGGGAUCGCCAUCGAUGCGCGCGCCAGACCAAGUCGGCAGCUGUGGGAGGAGGCGGUCGAUUCGUUAAAGGAGGCCCUUGAGCGUCCGCUCGACUCCCCAUUGAAGGUCAGCGGGCAUGGAACGGGAGGCUUCGAGUCGAUUGAUCAUGUCCCUCUGGAGCGACUGCCCCGGGAUCUUGACUGGACUCGAGUCACGCAAGUCGCGGGCAUGGAUCUAGCAGAUGAUCAGAGGCUAUCGCACAGGAUGCAUUCACGCGCCUACGACGACCCAGAUGGAGUAUGGGAAGAGCUGCGAUGGGACUCACGGUCUCCGGGCAUGCAGCAGCUCCAGUGGCCGGCCAAUACAGGACACAAAAUGAAGCCAUACAACCUGCCGCCGCAGUCGCUGUGGGCCGUGGAUACGGCCAGGAUGGCAUCUUUGCGGAGACGACACACAUGGAAGAAGCUCGCUAUGCAAGAGCUGUGCACUGCAGUCCUCAUAUACUCACUUCUAAGACGUGUCAGCGUGCCCGGGUGGGCGCGGGGGGAAGUAGCUCCGCAGAUUGAGACAGUGGCCUCUCUCGACGGCGCACAAGCCAGGAGUGCACGGAAGGAGAUACUUGCGAACAUUGUACGGCUGCAUCUCACCCCUGUGGACACUGAGCUCGACGACGCAUUGCAGGCGCAGAUCUGUCCAGACCAGCCCGGGGUUCCGCAGUACCACCAGGACCCUGAUGGCCAUUUCUACGAGACCAGCCAGCGGUUGAAUAGCGGUCUGAAAGAGCUGCUGCGUCACGACUCCAGGAACAAAAAGAACGAGAAGGAAGCUGCGGUCGCAGUCGCCAAGAUUUGCCACAACCUUUUCGUCUCUUCAGCUCCGCCGGAUGUUCAGACAUUCAACAUCCUCAUCGCUGGCUUCAAGAGAUGGCGAUGUCCGGAGAUGGUUGACGACGUUAUACUCGCCUUCCACGGGUCCAAGAUACGGCCAAACGAGAUCACACUACGCUACAUUCUCGGCCACUACAUUUCCGAACGACGACCGGACGGUUUCGCCCGAUUUGUCGCCUGGAUGCGCGGCGUUGGCGAUGCAUUGAUGCUUGCCGACCCGGACGUCACCAUAAAUGAAGCCGGCCAGGGUCGUCUGAUCCGCAAGAGUGCUAACAAGGUCUACCAGAAAGUGUAUCCCACGCCCAUGGUGUUCGGCGCCCUGAUUGGCGGCGUGAUGAAGUUCGGCGGCUUCGAGCGUGCGCUCGACGUCUACUACGAGAUGAAAGCUGACGGAUGGGGUCUCGAUCUGGCCAGUCUCACGCGCCUGCUGGGCGACUGCGUCCGCCGCGCCGACUGGCAGGGCGGCCUGUACAUCUGGGACGAGAUCAACAGUAUCAAAGACCUGGCCAUGCCGCGGGACAUGGCCAAGGCAUACGAGUUCAUGCUCAGCCUGUGCUCCGUCACGGGGAACACCAGCGCCUUUAACCAGCUCCUCGCCGAGGUAGCGAGCAGAGGCUUCGACCGCCACGAGAUCCUCAGUCGCGCGCUGCGCACAACGCGCUGGGCGCAGGCCAAGCGGGAGAAUCUGGCACCGGCCUGGGCCGCAGACAACCUGCUCAUCGCCGUGUCCAGCUUCGUCAAGGACCUGAAAGAAGCCGACCCCGGCGUGACCCCGGACUUCAGCAUCGACGACCUGAUGUACGGCGCGCCCGUCGUCGAGGGUGACGACAGCAUGCCCAUCGACAACCUGCGCGACUGGGACGACAGCGCGCCCGUCGAGGUCGAGGUCUCGGAGCAGCAAGCUCAGGAUCGCACCGAGACGUGGGCCUCGUGGGUGGAAGCUGAGUUUGGAGAGCGGCCCCGCGAUCCGGAU